GUGUUAUGGGGUGGCAGUAGCCAGAGCACAUUGGGAUUGUCCUGAAUCUCAGCAUAGUGCAGUGGUCCCUGUCAGCCCUGGGGAGUGAACUGGGCUUGGGCCCUUUCCUGAGGCUGGGGGUGACCCCAAACAGUGGGGGGUCCCUGCAGUGGGGUGCGUGCAUGGCCCCACCUCUGCCACGGGGGUGUGACACCGGUGACGUAUCAAAGCAUUGCCUGCUUUUCUUUUUUUUUUUUUUUUCCCCCUCCUGUUUCAAAAACAAACAAAAUAGGGAAUUUGUUAACUUGUGGUCAAGUCAGAAAGGAGAAGCUCCUGCCAAGGGAGCGCUGGGGACGGUGCCCGCGAGGAGAGGCACCCGCUGCUCGAGAGGAUCCUUCAGCUGCGUCCCCCCUCCAGGCUGGGGUCACCACGGUCCCUGGGGACAUGUGUCCUGCUCUCCUCCUGCUGCUCAGCACAGCUGGCUUCUGGCAUGGCUCAGCAUCCCCAGUGAUCAGCCCUGCCCUCCCUGCUCUGGUUGUCAACACGGGUGACCCAGUCACCCUGCGCUGCUCAGGGGAGUCUGAAGUCGAAUGGAUUAAACAAAGGAACGCGUUCAGGAACCACACCAUCAGCACACUCAGUAUUCCCAAGGCCACUUACAAGAACACUGGCACCUACAGCUGUGCUCAUGUCAACAGCAGUGACAAGGGCAUUGCAGCUGUCCACCUGUUUGUGAGAGAUCCCGACAAUGUGUGGUACACCCCAGAAUUCCGGGUCCUUGGUACGGAAGGCGGCAAUGUUGAUCUCCCCUGUCUCAUCACGGCCCCUGAGUAUGGAUCCAAUGUGACUCUGACAACGGAUGGUGCCUCUCCUCUCCCACCUGGGACCAACUACUCUUUCAGUGCUGAGAAAGGAAUAAGACUGUACAAUGUGCAAAGCAAGCACAAGGGUUAUUACCGAUGCCAAGCAGAGAUAAAUGGAAAAAUAAAGAAAUCACCAAGAAUAAGACUGGUUAUGGAAGAAGCACCGACCAAGCCUGUGUCAGUGGUGAUGGACCCUGCAGACCACGUGCGAAUCGUGGGCGAAGCCUUCCAGGUCACUUGCAGAGUAACUGCCCCUUCCCACAGGUUUAACAUCAGAUGGGAGACAGCAGCAAAGAGUGUCCUGAGAAAAAAAAAUCUUGACUUUGGAAAUGGUAACUACUUCGUCAAUGACACCCUGACUGUUCCAGCUGUGACCAUGGAAGACAGUGGGAAAUACAUCUGUAUAGCUAACAAUUCAGUAGGAUUCAGGAAUGCCUCAGCAGUGCUUCAGGUGGUAGAGAGAGGUUAUGUGUUCCUGACCCCAGGGGACGCCACCAGCCAGGAGGUUGCUUUGGGAGAGAGUCUGAAUCUGCAGGUCCACAUUAAAGCUUACCCAAAACUUCUCCACUGGGGCUGGGAACACACAAACCCCUUGAAGAACUCUGGGAGCACCAUAUUCAAGGGCCAAAUGAUCUCUGGAAACAACUGGUACAACAACACUCUCUUCCUGAACCGCCUGCAGGAGGGAGAGGGAGGGCUCUACACCUUUCAUGCCCUCAACAAUGAGACCAGUGCAUCAGUUACCUUCAGUAUCUCUCUGAAAUCUUCUCCAUCGGUCUGCAAAAUCAAGGUGCCAGCCAACGACUCCAGCAUCCUCCAGUGCUUGGCCCUUGGCUACCCUGCCCCACGCAUUGAGUGGUACCAGUGCCCCCUGCACUCUGACAGAUACAAUGAGGACUAUAGGUUGCUACGGAAUGACUCCAGGCCCCAGGUGGUGAGCAUGCUGCCCUUCCAAGAGGUGGAGGUGGAGAGCAGCAUCCCCUUCCAGGAGCUGGGUGCCAAUUUCACCUUCUGCUGUGUGGCCAUUAACGGAGAAGGCAACGCUUCUGACAUGUUUCACUCGCUCACCAUCACCAGAAGUGUCAUGGCCCCCCCAAACAAGCUCUUCAGCCCCAUUCUCUCCACCUGCAUAGGGGCGUUGGUGCUGCUGCUCCUCCUACUCCUCUUCCUCCUCUACAAGUACAACCAGAAACCCAAGUACCAGGUGCGGUGGAAGAUCAUCGAGGCCUGUGAAGGGAAUAACUACAUCUUCAUUGAUCCCACUCAGCUGCCAUACAAUGAAAAAUGGGAGUUUCCCAGGAAUAACCUCCAGUUUGGAAAAACUCUUGGAGCAGGUGCCUUUGGAAAAGUGGUAGAAGCCACUGCUAUUGGGCUGGGCAAAGAAGAUUCGGUCCUCAAAGUGGCUGUGAAGAUGCUAAAGUCAUCAGCAGACACGGAUGAGCAGGAGGCUCUCAUGUCUGAGCUGAAGAUCAUGAGUCACUUGGGACACCACAAGAACAUUGUUAACCUGCUGGGAGCAUGUACCUAUGGAGGCCCCAUCCUUGUCAUCACCGAGUACUGUCGCUAUGGAGAUCUGCUGAAUUUCCUGAGGAGGAAGGCUGAAUCCAUAAUUAUCCAGGAUUCUGCCCUGGACACCUCUUUAGACAGCGCUGCUGAUUACAAAAACAUUGACCUAGAGAAAAAAUACAUCCGCAGCGACAGUGGCUUUUCCAGCCAGGGUUUGGAAACAUAUGUUGAAAUGAGGCCUGUGUCGUCAUCAUCAUCUUCAGUAGCAUCAGAUUCUGCGCAAGUCAGGGGGAGAAGCUCGGAGGAGGAAGAUGAAGCCAGGGAGGAUCUCCGUCCCCUCAAUCUCUCUGACCUGCUGCAGUUCUCCAGCCAGGUGGCCCAGGGCAUGGCAUUCCUUGCAUCAAAGAACUGCAUCCACCGUGACUUAGCAGCCAGGAACGUGCUCAUAUCAGAUGGACGGGUAGCCAAGAUCUGCGACUUCGGCCUGGCCCGGGACAUCAUGAAUGACUCAAAUUACGUUGUAAAAGGCAAUGCCCGCCUGCCCGUGAAAUGGAUGGCCCCAGAGAGCAUCUUUGACUGCAUUUACACAGUGCAGAGUGACGUGUGGUCCUACGGCAUCCUGCUCUGGGAGAUCUUCUCCCUCGGGAAAAGCCCAUAUCCUGGCAUGGUGGUGAACAGCAAGUUCUACAGCAUGGUGAAGCAGGGAUACCAGAUGGCCAGGCCCGACUUCGCUCCCUUGGAGAUGUACAGCAUCAUGCAGGCCUGCUGGAGCCUGGAGCCCACACGGAGACCGACCUUCGACCAGAUCGGCUGCUUCAUCCAGAAGGAACUGGAGGUGCAUAAGGAGCAGGACUACACCAACCUCCCCUCCACUGCUGAGGAAGACAGUGGCUGUGACACCUCUGGCUGCUGUGAGGAGUCCUGCGAGCAAGAGGAGACCGGGCAGCCCCUCCUCAAGAGCAACAACUACCAGUUCUGUUAGCUGGGACCAUGACCCUGGGGUUAAUCCUUGUCCAGGCUCUGCAGAGCUCACGGUUCUGCUCUGCCCUAGGAUCCAGAUGCCUUCUGCUUUGGCCCUCUCUGUGCUUUCUGAAGUGUGAGUGUUACCGACUCCCUCACCAAAAGGAGAGUGAAGAAGUGACUCAAAACCACGACUCACCACGGGGUCCCCAAGGUCUUAUCUUACACCCAGCAUAGAGCUGGGAGGAUGGUUAACAGGCUCCAUCUCUACAAGGUACACAGAGGUCCCCAGCACCUGCCUCCCCACUCCCCAGAGGAGGCUGUGAGAGUUUGGGUUUUGUGGGUUUUUUUUUAAAUACCAGUCACAGCCCAGUAAAUCACUGACCCCUUGUGUUUUAUAAGCACAUCUUGAAGUAAGUCCUGACACUGGAACUGCUCCACACACCCUCUUUCUUGGUAGUCCUGCUCUCCUCCCUUUGUCAGUCUGACCCUGGAUGGUGCAGAGUGAGUGUUUAGAUAUAGGUGAAGCUUUUACGUAGCAUUAAAUAUGCAUUAACCCCUACACUUCCUCAUGAAAUCGACCUCCCCGCAGCUGAUGCUUCUGCAGGGAGUGUUUGGGUGAGGUGAACCAUGGAGCCAACCCCAGGGUUAUGUGAACUUGUGCCCCAGUAACAGGACAGAGGGGCAGCUCUUUCUCAGGUAAAAUACAGCAAGAAACCAGUGCUCUUUCAUGCGAGCACUGAACACAACCCCAAUCCAGGAAAGAAUGGCAGCUGAAACAGGUCUGAAAAUUAUUGACAUAACACAUAUCCUACAGAACUUCUGACUUACUGAACAUGUAGCAAUCACUGCCUUUGUUACGAUUACAGACAUGCUCGUGGAUGUAAUUUCCUCAAUGUAUUUUUAAUAGAACAGCUGAGGUGAUUUUUUUUCCAUAAGCUAGGGCCUAAUGCCCUUCAAACUUAUUUCUCAGCUAGCUCUUGCUCAGGGUUACUACGGCCCCAGCCACCCAGUCUGGUGUACCAGAAGCAGCUAGAGAACCUUCUCAGCUUCACCUGCUGGGUGGGUAAAGGAUCCGUAUUCCAGGUACAAGCCCUGACAGGGCUUGGGCAAAUUACAACACCUGCAUUGCAGGUGGCCUUUGUCACACUGCGAGCAAUUAUACUGUGGACCAUUUCUGAUUACAUUAAACCUGGUUUUAUGCUAACACCAAGUGAUUCAUUCCUCCUUACUAAAUGAAAAGUUAAUGUAACUCCUAUCUGUCAGCAUUAAAAAAAAAAAAAUAAAAUAAAGUAAGAUGUUUAACAAAAUGAGUCCCUUCCAGGGCUCUAAGGACUGUUCUCACAGGGGAAUGGCUCAGAGCAUGGGUGAUGCACUGACCCAUCCACUCACCCUGCAACUCUGCUCCAGCUCCUCAUUACCAGUUCUCAAAAUCACUCAUUCUUGUGUAAUGAAAAAACUUAUUAAAAGCAAGGUUUUAAAGCA